UCAUUUGUGUGUUUUCUUUCCAAUUUUCACCAGCGAAGAACUCCCUUCAUUUGUUAGUGGAUUGAGUGAUCGUUUCAGUCAGUUCUCUGAUCUUGAACAUUGCAGUAGCUAAUGCACUGCUGUCUGAGUGCUGCUGGUAAGAUUCCUAGCGGCGAGCCGCGUGAAGCCAUUCUCAACGGUCACGCCCGUGGCCGCGUGGGUGAAUCGCUGUGAAUGGCGGCAGCGUAGCGACACACCGAGAUCAAAAGGGUUCAGAGUCGGACAGGCUGAGGCUGACCAUCGCAGUCAAGGCUCCGUCAUUUGCCCCCUUGACCGACAGCUACAGGAUCCGCAAACAGUAACUUACAUCAUGCCUCCCAAGAAGAAGGGCAAGGGAAAAGGAAAGGGCAAGGGCAAGGGAAGGAAGAAAGGUGGCAAGAAGAAGGGCAAGAAGGAAGAGAAGGAGCUCACGGUCAAGGACAUGUAUCUGAAAUCACAGAAGGAAGGAUCGCGCCUCAGGGAAGAGCUUGCUUCGCAACUGGACGCGGCACGGCGAGCUAAGAGCGCAGUGUCACUCUUCGUGUUGAAAUGGAUCAUACACGUGAUAGUUUAGAGCAGGAGAAGGUCGACAAGAAGGAUAUCGUGACAGAUAUUACUCGCCAGUACAAGAGCAUACAGGGGCAACUUGGCAUGCGCAUGCAGCAGCUGGAGGGCCAAGUCGGCCAAUUGCAACAAGAUCUAGGUGAGACACGCUUGGAACUGGCGGACAUGACCACUGAGCGGGAUCACUACCGCCAGCGGUCGGAGGAGCUCCAAGAGCAGCUGAAGACCAUCGUGAAAACGCUCGAGUCAUCGUACGAGUCCGCCAUGCUGGAUACGAUGGACAAAAUGACAGCACGAGUGGAUCGAUUACGUAUGGGCUGGACUGAGGAUUCAAGCUCUGUCGACAAUACUCUACAGCAGAUGUAUUCGGAAUUUGCAGGUCACUUCAUUGCGGUGAAGCCUAAACGUUUCACAAGAGGGAGUGCAUUGAAGGCUGACAGGUCCACUAAAUGAGUUGAACGUUCAUCAGGAUUACGGGUAAUUGACUCAACUGUAGUGUUAGAUAUCGUACAGUUACUUGAUCAACACUGUGUGUGUUGUGUAUGCAAGUUAGUCAUUAUAUAUCUACUACACCGUUUGCUACUGACUGCGCAUGCUCGCAUAUGGUUGUUGUUGUUACUUUACUUGACCAAGAGGAAUGUCUUCCAAAAGCUAGUGUAACUGUUUGUGUGUGUCAGUGAGAAUGCAUGAGUGUAAUGGAAUGUUAGUCCGCAAGGGGACAUAACAAUUUGGCGACGAAGAUAAAAGACGAAGAUGUCGCGAUCGAAGCUUGAAAUAUUUGAAAAAGGUGAUUUUCGUGAGUAUGUAGAGAGACUCACGUUUUAUUUUAUCGCCAACAGUAUUGGACAAGUCGCAGCUGGGGCAACCGCGGACCAGGAGAGAGCGGCAGACACGCAAAAGGCAGCUGUCCUGAUCAGUCAACUCUCUGCUGAGAACUACUCGAUUCUGAAGAGUCUUUGCCUGCCGGACAAACCAGCGCAGAAAACGUUUGAGGAACUCGGAGAAUUGCUUUCAGAGCACUUCAAGCCUAAUGUCAGUGUGUUGGCGGCGACUCAUAGAUUCCAGAGGAUUUGUCAAAAGGAUGGAGAGUCAGCAACACAGUAUGCAGCUAGACUAAAGCAAGCAGCCAUGGACUGUAAGUUUCAGGCGUAUUUGGACAGGGCACUCCGAGACCAGUUUGUCAGUGGGUUGAAGUCGAUGAGUGUUACGAAGGAGAUAUUGUCGAAAGCAAAGGAGACCUCAAGUUUGGCGGACAUUGUGACGAUGGCAUCAGCCUAUGAAACUGCAUCGAGAGAGUCGGAACAAUUGACGGCGCAGUCCGUCCACGCCGUUCGUUCGCGCCAGUCGACGAGCAAGCCAACUCCAACUUUCAAGUCGCACGACAAGAAAUGUUUUCGGUGUGACAAGGCUGGUCACAAACCGGAAGAGUGCCGCUUCAAGAGUGUGAAGUGUCACGCGUGUGGUACGGUGGGUCACAUCGAGAGAGCUUGCCGCAAGAAGAAGUCUGGACAAACCGUCCAUCACAUCGCGGAAGAAAUUGGUGAGUUCGUUCCAUGUGCUAGUAAACCCGAUGUCACCAUGUAUAGUGUAAAUGCAAUGGGGCGACUACCGUACACUGUAUCAUUAGAUGUAAUGGGUACCACUAUCCAAAUGGAGAUUGAUACAGGAAGUGCUGUCACGAUUCUCAGCAGCGCAGAUUUCUUGCAAUGCAAUGGUGUGCUGAGUAACCUGAUGGAAUCCAGUAUCAACCUUGUGUCCUACUCUGGAGAUGUGAUUAAUUGUCUCGGGGAAGCGGAAAUGGAGUUCCGAAUGGGCACACAAUUGCACACACUAUUGGUGAGGGUUACAAAUGGAAACCGUCCAUCUAUUCUGGGCAGAGAUGCAAUGGCUUUGUUCAAACUCCCCUGGAAAUCAAUUUUCGAAGUGCACCAGGUCGAAAAGUCUGGCGCUAAAUUCAUUGAGAAAUACCCAGGGUUGUUCGACACCUCAGAAGUGGGAAAGGUGAAAGGCGUGCAGGUGAAAUUGCAUGUGUCUGAUGAGAGCCCUGUUUACCGAAAGGCCAGGCCGGUACCACUGUCAAUUCGGGAGAGCUAUGUUGAGGCUCUGAAUAAAUUGGAAGCAGAUGGUAUAAUCGAGAAAGUCACGCAUUCAGAAUGGGCCUCCCCCACUGUCACGGUAGAGAAAUCAGGAGGUGGGUUGAGAAUCUGUGGUGACUACAGUGGCACUAUCAAUCUGCAUUCUAAAUGCGAGCAAUACCCGCUACCCACUCUUGAGGAGCUAUUGCACAAAUUGGGCCCGGGGUCUAAAUUCACGAAGCUGGAUUUGUCGCAAGCCUACCACCAGCUAGAGAUAGCACCUGAAUGUCGGAAGUACACCACGAUCAAUACCAUGCAGGGGUUGUAUCAGUACAAACGACUCCCUUUUGGUUUUCACAGCGCCGUAUCUAUUUUCCAACGGGUAAUGGAAGAAACCCUUAGCGAUUUGCCAGGAUGCGGGGGCUACAUCGACGAUGUGUUGUGUACUGGUCGUGAUGAGGAGAUCCAUGAGAAAAAUGUGGAUCAAGUGCUAUCUUGCCUAAAUGAGAAAGGAUUCAAGCUCAAUCCUAAGAAGUUCAGCUACAUGGCGGAUAAGCUAACGUACCUCGGUCAUCAGGUAACCGCGCAGGGAAUCGCACCCUCGCCUGAUCGAGUGAACGCCUUGAAAGUCGCAAAGCCGCCUAACAACGUGAAUGAAUUGUACUCUUUUCUGGGUGCGGCCAAUUUUCAACGGAAAUUUGUACCUCGGUUCGCAGAGAUUGCUGCACCACUGUACAACCUGCUCAGGAAAGAAAUGAAAUGGCAAUGGAGCAAGGCAGAGGAAGAUGCAUUCCAGGCCUUGAAAGAUGCAAUGUGUGAGCAUACGCUAUUAGCACACUACGAUGUCAAGAAGCCAGUCACACUCCAGGUGGACGCUUCUCCAAUGGGUCUAGGUGCCGUACUAUUGCAAAGGCAAACGAAUGGUGAUGUUUUGCCGGUUGCUUACGUGUCAAGGAAAUUGACACCGGCUGAAUCGCGUUAUGCACAAAUCGAACGGGAAGCCGUAGCUGUGGUUUUCGGUGUUACGAAGUUCCAGAAAUACUUGCUAGGGCGCCACUUCACGCUUCAAACCGACCAUCAACCACUAUUGAAGUUACUGGGAAACAACGAACCAGUUCCUACAAUUGCAUCAGCUCGCAUCAAGAAAUGGGCACUAAUGCUAGCUGGCUAUGAUUAUGAGAUCAAGUAUUUGCCAGGCAAGGAAAAUGUCUACGCGGAUUUCCUGUCUAGGCAACCAUGUGAGAAUAUCAGUCCGUCUGCAGAGGAAAUGGUUACGGUUCGUGUCUUGCUAGUGGAGGAAGAUACGAUAAUCAAAGCAGACGUAGUGAAAUCGGAAACAGCUCGUGACCCUGAGCUAUCUAAGGUGCUCUACUAUGUGGUGAAUGGUUGGCCUAGCUCAGUACCCCAAUCGUUUCGGUCUUACCACAAUAAGAGGGAUGAGCUGUCUGCGGAAGAUGGUAUCCUAUUGUGGGGACAACGAGUUGUCAUACCCAAAUCACUAAGAAUGGUAUUGCUACGUGAUUUGCACACGGAGCACUUUGGCAUGGUCAAAACCAAGCAAAUGGCACGACGGUACUUAUGGUGGCCAAAUGUGGAUCAAGAGAUUGAAAUGUUAAUCAAGGCAUGUGCUCAAUGCCAAGAAAGUGCGAAAUGUCCACCUGCCAAGUCGGGAACCUGGUCAUGGCCAAACGGUCCUUGGAAACGGGUGCAUAUCGACUUUGCAGGACCAUUCAUGGGCAAGAUGUUCCUGGUUGUGGUGGAUGCAUACACAAAGUAUCUGGAUGUAAUUGCAAUGUCUAAUGCCACAUCUGCAACCACUAUUGCGGCUCUGCGGCACGUGUUCUCUGUGUUUGGUCUGCCGGAGCAUCUUGUUUCAGAUAAUGGAACCCAAUUCGCGAGCGAGGAAUUCAAGGCUUUCCUCCGUGCCAACGACAUUGUGCACACCCUGACGGCUCCAGGCCAUCCGGCUACGAAUGGACUUGCUGAGCGCUAUGUGGGUGUGUUUAAGCAGAAGUUGAAGGAAAUGGGUGCAACGAGCGAACCACUGCAAGCUCGGCUCGACAGGUUUCUGCUAACGUACCGCACGACACCCAACCAUGCCGGCAGAACACCUGCGGAGAUGAUGUUUGGACGCCAGCCACGCACGCGGCUCAGUGCUCUGCGUCCCUCGCAGGUACGUCAACAAGCAAAGGCUUAUGAGGACGGCAAUCGCGUCAAGCCAGCGUUCACAGAGAGUGACUCUGUGUUUGCGCUGAAUUUCGGCAAAGGUAAUCGUUGGGUCCCGGGACGAAUUGUGCGUGUCCUCAGUGACUACAACUAUGAAGUACAAGUGGGUGAUGUGUUGUGGAAGCGUCACCGAGAUCAGUUGCGUCUACGGUCAGUUCCGGCAAGCUUGAGUGCAUCGCUGCCAGAACCACUGUUGGAUACAAUCGAUCAGACGUCACCGUCACCAGUGCUGUCAGACGUAGGAGAGUCGUCACUGUCCAGUGAUUUUCCGGCUAGCGUCUCGCCACAGUCUGCUACUGUACAAGUUGAGGCGGAUCCUCCUUGUGAGCAGUCUGCUCCUGAAGUUGGUUUACCACAGGUCGAGAAUACUCCCUGUGAAACCACUGUUAGACGUUCGUCUCGGCGUAGUGUUCGUCCGGAUAGACUGAUUGAACAGCUUUGAGCCGUUCCCUGAUGUCAUUGCUGGACUGUUUAGCGAACUAGUAAUUAUUACCAUGUACAAUAGUGUGCAAGAUCCUUGGUAUUGCUAAUAUUGACUGACGGAUUCCUGCGUCAGAUUAUGUUAUUGUAGUGCUGUGUCAAAGUUUAAGAAUUCACGUACGGUGGAUUGAUGAACUUAUUUUAUGUGUUUCUUCAACGAUUUUUGAGGUAUUUAAUUGUGGUAGAAUAUUCCCUGGAACAUUCUUGAAAGGGGGCAGUUGUUGUGUAUGCAAGUUAGUCAUUAUAUAUCUACUACACCGUUUGCUACUGACUGCGCAUGCUCGCAUAUGGUUGUUGUUGUUACUUUACUUGACCAAGA